AUGGAGGAGGACAACAUAGAGCCCAGGGAGCUCGAAAUUCUUCCCAUGAAACUCGUGCAGACAGCGCUGCAGAAGGGACUGCUGGAUAGAGCGGCCCUCAGCGGCGUCGAAGCGUCCACAGUGAAGGGCGGCAAGAAGCACACGGCGAUUCGAAACAGAAAGUUCAGCAGAGAUGCUGUCAACGUCCUCAAUCGAGCGGCGUCAUUAUUCGUCCUGUACAUCACAACCGUCGCCCAGGAUAUCGCAAAAACAAAAAAGAGGUGGGACGUUUUGACAGAAUUGUGCACGGUAUGCAGGGCGACUGUGUACGAGACGGACAUCCUGGAGGCGCUCAAAUCAUGCCUCUUCUGGGAAAUCGAACGGGAGAUGUCCGAGGAGAUGGUCGCCGUGAACGAGCUGAUAAAAAUUAGACAGGCUCAAAUAUUGCGUGAACAAAAACACGAGGCGGAUACCGAAAUAGUCGCAAACGAUGAUAAUAACGCGGAGGCACACGAUGCGGUCGACAAGCAUGAUGAGGAGUACCACUCGGACUUGGACGCCGCUCCUGUCGACGAACUAGAGGGGGCAUUCGACUACGACCAAUUCCCCGAGAUGGAUGCAACGGCACAGGUAGAAUAUACGUCGGACGAGCAAGUCACAGACGCAAUCGAGCCCGAAAUGCCUGAGCACGACGGUGGCACCCACGAUUAUGAUAUGCUUGGUGCAGACGACCACAGCGAUGCUGCGCAUGGGCCUAAACUCCCGGACUACACGGAGGACACCGUUAUGGCUGAUAACGGCGAUGCCAAUCACGCUGCAAACACAACCACAUCCUGCGGCGGGCCCACGCAGCUAGACGACAUGGAAGUGUCGAUGGAGUUCCCCGACGAGCACACUCAGCUGGUGGAUGAUGACCCUUCGCAGGCGAUAGAAACGGAGGAGAUGCAAGACGCUUCGACACAGGUUUGGUGA